AUGGCUUCAGUACCUUCUCGCGGGCCCACUGAGCCCACUUGCUUCCCUCACCACAAGGUGGUCUACCUCAAGACCCACAAAACUGGUUCCACAACAGUGGGUUCCAUCUUCAAUCGCUACGCCUUCACCAGAAACCUCACCGUUCUUGUUCCGCUUCUGGGGCACUUCGUGAACUGCCGGACACUCUUCAACACCAAGCAAAUCACCGAAGGGGGUGGCAAUCAUUCGAAGAAGGAGAACUGGAGUUUCAAAACGGGCUACGAUAUGCUGACUAAUCACGCUCGGCUCGACAAGAAGGAGAUGGACAAAGCGUUCCAUAAUGCCAGGUACGUGACGAUUCUUCGCGAGCCAGCAGCGCAAUGGCAGUCGGCCUUUAACUACUUUGAGGUCUGGAAAUCGAUGCCCCAGUCGGAAGCGCCUAUGGAUCUUUUUCUUUCUCAGCCGAAAAAGUACUUCGCGCAUGUCAUGUCGAAGAGUCAAUACUUCAAAGUUAGCAUGCACAACGAGCAACUCUAUGACUUCGGUUUGGAGCACAAUGACACGGACGACGAAGAGAAAGUCAUGAAUAAAAUUCGCGAGCUCGAGUCCGUUGUCGAUCUGGUGAUGAUCACGGAGUACUUCGACGAAUCCCUUCUCUUGCUUCGAAAGCUACUCUGCUGGCGCAUGGAAGAUGUAGUUUAUCUGAAGCAUGGGGUUCGCUCCGCAGACUAUCGGAAUAAGAACAACGACAGCUUGGCAGAUAAGAUACGCGAAUGGAACAAAGCAGACUUAAUGCUCUACAACCAUUUUAACGAAACAUUUUGGCGAAAAGUUCUUGAAUACGGACCUUCAUUUUCCCAAGACUUGGCCAAUUUAAAGAAUAUGCUCUCAGAUACCUUUGAUACGUGUCUCAAUAAAACCCGAGUUCUAAAGACUGACCGGAGGGCAGAGACGUUUGCCAAGAACAAGAACAGUGUAAUUGACGACCAAUAG